AUGAGGUCCCUGUCCGGGCUGUCCCGGGACUGGACAGCGCUCCUCUGCUUCGUGGCGGCUUUGGUCUGCCUCUUGCAGCCCGCAGCAUCCGUCAAGGAACAUGACUUCAAAAAGUGCCAUCAGUCUGGCUUCUGCCAGCGCAACCGAGCCUACGCCGACAACGCCGCAGCCCAACACCCGACUUGGAGCUCGCCCUACCGAGUCAUUCCUGAAUCCCCGUCCUUGAAGGACGGCCAGCUGCAUGCCACGAUCCUUAAGACGACCAACGCAAAGGGCGACACGGAACGAUUCCCCGUCACUGUCUCAUUUCUCAAGAGCGGGGCGGCACGAGUCACCAUCGACGAGGAGAAGCGCCAAAAGGGAGACAUUGCGCUCAGGAACAACAGUCCCGUGAGAAAGGAACGCUAUAACGAAGCCGAAAACUGGGUCAUCGUUGGCGGCCUGGACCUGGACAAGUCGGCGCAGGUAGCCUUCCAGGACAAGUCGCAAGUCAACGUCAAGUAUGGCCCCGACUCCAAGCUCGAGGCCGUCGUCAAAUUUGCGCCGUUCGAAAUGGAAUUCAGGCGGGACGGGAAAACACACAUCAAGUUCAACGGCCGUGGUCUUCUCAACAUGGAGCACUGGCGGCCCAAGGUGGAAAAGCCCGAGGGACAGGAGGGUGAAGUCGCCACCGGCGAAGACGAGAGCACCUGGUGGGAGGAGACUUUCGGUGGAAAUACCGACUCCAAGCCUCGUGGUCCCGAGAGCCUUGCAUUGGACAUCUCUUUCCUGGGAUACGAGCACGUCUUCGGCAUCCCCGAGCACACCGGGCCCCUGUCGUUGAAGCAGACCCGGGGAGGCGAAGAGAACCAUCAAGAACCCUACCGAAUGUACAACUCGGACGUGUUCGAAUAUGUCCUCGACAGCCCCAUGACGCUCUACGGCUCCAUCCCUUUCAUGCAAGCACACCGCAAGGAGUCGUCUGUCGGUGUCUUCUGGCUCAACGCCGCCGAGACAUGGGUAGACAUCAUCAAGGGCAAGGACGGCGACAACCCUCUUCACCUUGGGCCCGGCGCCAAGACCAGCACGCACACCCACUGGAUCUCCGAGAGCGGCGUCCUCGACGUCUUCGUCUUCAUGGGCCCGACACCCCACGACCUUACCAAACUGUACGGCGAGCUCACUGGCUACACGGCCAUGCCCCAGGAGUUCUCCAUCGGUUAUCACCAGUGCCGCUGGAACUACAUCUCGGACGACGACGUGCGCGACGUCGACCGGAAGAUGGACAAGUUCAAGAUCCCGUACGACAUCAUCUGGCUGGACAUUGAGUACACGGACGAUAGAAAAUACUUUACGUGGGAGCCGCACUCGUUUCCGGAUCCGAUUGGAACAGGCAAGCAGCUUGACAGCCACGGCCGCAAGCUGGUCGUCAUCAUUGAUCCCCACAUUAAGAAACUGGACGAAUAUCCAGUUAGCAAGCAGUUGACGUCUCAAGACCUCGCCGUCCAUAACAAGGACAACGAGAUUUACGAGGGGUGGUGCUGGCCCGGCUCCUCCAACUGGAUCGACUGCUUCAACCCCAAGGCCAACGAGUGGUGGAAGACGUUGUACAAGUACGAUUCAUUCAAGGGCACCAUGGAGAACACGUUUAUCUGGAACGACAUGAACGAGCCCUCGGUCUUCAAUGGCCCCGAGACGACGAUGCCCAAGGACAACAUCCAUUACGGACGCUGGGAGCAUCGCGACGUGCACAAUCUGAAUGGCCUCACCUUUCACAACGCCACUUUUGAGGCCCUGAUAACGCGCAAAAGGGGAGAGAAGCGCCGGCCGUUCGUCCUGACCCGCUCCUUCUACGCAGGCUCGCAGCGGCUCGGCGCCAUGUGGACUGGCGACAACCAGGCAUCCUGGGAUCAUCUCGCCGCGUCCAUCCCGAUGACCUUGAACCAGGGCAUCUCGGGCUUUCCCUUUGCCGGCGCCGACGUCGGGGGCUUUUUCGGCAACCCCGAGAAGGACCUGAUGGCUCGUUGGUAUCAAGCUGGCGCCUUUUACCCCUUCUACAGGGGCCAUGCGCACAUUGAUUCGCGUCGCCGGGAGCCGUACCUGCUCGGCGAACCGUACACUGGCAUCGUGACGGCCGCCUUGCGACUGCGCUACUCGUUGCUGCCGUCGUGGUAUACGGCCUUUUUCCACGCCAACCGGGACGGCAGCCCCAUUGUUCGGCCCAUGUUCUGGACGCACCCGUCGGAAGAAGACGGCUUCGCGAUUGACAACCAGAUGUUCGUCGGAUCGACUGGUCUGCUAGUCAAGCCGAUUGUGGAACAGGACAAGGAGUCGACGGACGUGUGGAUCCCCGAUAACGAGGUCUACUACGACUACGCAACCUACCAGGUGAUGAAGACGCAAAAGGGCAAGCCUCUGACCGUGCAGGCCGCGAUCCACCAAAUCCCGCUCCUGAUGCGUGGAGGGCACAUCUUCCCGCGCCGUGACAUUCCCCGGCGGUCCAGUGCCAUGAUGCGUUUCGACGACUACACGCUGGUCGUCUCGGUCUCCAAGAGCGGGGGAGCCGAGGGCGAGCUGUACACGGACGACGGCGACACGUUUGACCACGAAAAGGGGCAGUAUAUUUACCGCAAGUUUAGCUUGACCGGGAACACGCUGUCGUCGGUUGACGCCGAGGGUCGCGACAUGAAGAAGGUCAAGGCGGGCACCUGGCUGAAGGCGAUGCACGAGGUGUUUGUUGACAGGAUCAUCAUUGUCGGAGCCCCGUCGGCGUGGGAUCGAAAGGAAGUGCAUAUUGAAUCCAAGGGCCAGAAGUGGGCCGUCAAGGCUGAAUACCACGCCGCCGAGAAGGGGCGAGCUGCGUUUGUGGUGCUUGGCCGGGUGGGAGCUCGCAUCGGACAGGACUGGAGCAUCAAGCCCAGGGCCUGA